AUGGGCCAUCCAACAAACAGUUCAGACGUCAGAAAAGACCGUGUGGUCACCAAUUCACAAGGUGCUCCUAUUAAUGAACCAUUUGCGACACAACGAGUGGGCCAGCACGGCCCUCUUUUGUUGCAGGAUUUCAACUUGAUCGAUUCCUUAGCUCAUUUCAACAGAGAGCGUAUUCCAGAGCGUAAUCCACAUGCGCACGGAUCUGGGGCCUUUGGGUACCUAGAGAUCACCGACGACAUCACGGACGUGUGUGGGUCUGCCAUGUUCGACGGCAUCGGCAAGCGCACCAGGUGCCUUGUCAGAUUCAGCACCGUUGGUGGGGAAAAGGGUUCGGCUGAUACGGCACGUGACCCAAGAGGGUUCGCUAUCAAGUUCUACACAGAAGAAGGGAAUGUGGACUGGGUCAACAACAACACCCCGGUGUUCUUCAUCAGGGACCCCUCUAAGUUCCCACACUUCAUCCACACCCAGAAGAGGAACCCAGAAACUAACAUGAAAGAUGCCGACAUGUUCUGGGACUUUUUGACCACUGAAGAAAACCAGGUUGCGAUCCACCAGUUGAUGAUCUUGUUCUCAGACCGUGGUACUCCAGCCUCGUACCGUCACAUGAACAGUUACUCGGGCCACACUUACAAGUGGUCCAACAAGAAGGGCGAAUGGCGCUACGUGCAAGUGCAUUUGAAAACCGACCAAGGUAUCAAAAACUUGACCAACGAGGAAGCCAUAGAGCUUGCCGGGAAAAACCCAGAUUAUUGUCAGCAGGAUCUCUUUGAAAAUAUCGCCAAGGGAAAUUACCCCUCUUGGACUUUGUACAUCCAAACUAUGACCGAAGCUGAAGCACAGAAAUUACCAUUCUCGGUGUUCGAUUUAACCAAGGUGUGGCCUCACGACCAGUUCCCAUUGCGUAGGGUCGGGAAGAUGGUGUUGAACGAAAACCCAGAAAAUUACUUUGCACAAGUGGAGCAAGCCGCAUUCUCUCCUUCCCACACUGUACCAUACCAAGAACCCUCCGCAGACCCUGUGUUGCAAGCACGUCUAUUUUCCUACCCUGACGCCCACCGUUACAGAUUGGGACCCAAUUACUCCCAAAUACCCGUCAACUGUCCAUACGCCUCAAAGGUCUUCAACCCCGCCAUCAGAGAUGGCCCAAUGAACGUCAAUGGUAACCUUGGCAAAGAACCAAACUAUUUGUCAAGCUCGAAGAAAUACCAGUUUAUCCAACAAUCAAAGCCAAUUCAACAGCACCAAGAGGUAUGGUCCGGUCCAGCAACCCCAGUUCACUGGGCUACUUCCCCAGGUGACAUCGACUUUGUCCAGGCAAGAGAUCUAUACAACAAGGUCUUGAGUAAACAACCAGGCCAGCAAAAGGCUUUGGCUCACAACAUCGCUGUGCACGUCGCAGGCGCCUGCCCAGAAAUUCAAGACCGUGUAUUCGCCAUGUUUGCCAAAGUCGACAAGGGACUUGCCAGUAACAUCAGAAAGGAGGCUCUCAGCCUAUCACCAAGAAAAGAUGAUGCAUUGAACGCGAAAUUGUGA